AGAAAUGAGAUAAAAAGUGUCCGAAAAUUAAACGCCCCAAAGGAAACGUCCGAAAUAUUUUGCAAGUAAUGUAUCUUUAAAUUUGCCACGAUGUGUCUCUUCCCGAACGUAUGUCAUUUUUGUAUGUUCAGGUUCAAGCCCAGGCCGUGUUCGUUGUGGUCAGUGUGGAGAUGAACUCGAUUCAUUACGAGGCUAUCUGGAGCACAGGGUGUACAAUCAUAUGGUCAAACAAUGCUGGAUUUGCCAAAAGACAUUUAGCAACAGGAAAAUCCUGAAAAGGCACAUGAAAACCCACACCGGUGAAAAAACAUUUCCUUGCGACCACUGUGACAAGCUUUUCGUAACGCAAUCAGAACGAAAGUCCCACAUACGCCUCUUGACUAUGGAAAAAUCAUUCACGUGCAACUUGUGUGGGAAAGGUUUUAAAAAGCAGGUCUCACUUGACUAUCACAUGGCCACCCACAACAGUGAGAAACCUCACCAAUGCACGUAUUGCUUAAAAUACUUCAAAAGAAAAUGGUCUUACGAUAUUCACGUACGCGCGCACACGGGGGAAAGUCCGUAUCAGUGUAAACAUUGUGACGAGGUCUUCACGAGCAGUCGAUGCCGCCAUCGGCAUACGAUCAAAGAGCAUCCUGACUCUGUUACCAAGAAGGAGUACAACUGCAACUACUGCUCCAGAUCGUUUAAAACCUCGACUUCACUGUCCACUCAUAUUCGAAGACACACUGGUCAAGUUUUACGAUGCGAAGUUUGUUCUUUUGUAACUGUGUCGAAAAUGAACUUAGAAGUGCAUAUGAACAAGCACACAGGUGCACGGCCUUACAAAUGCAAACACUGUCUCAAGGCAUUUUCUCAACCAUCUCGUCUGAAAAUCCAUGAACGUUCUCACACUGGUGAGAAGCCAUAUGCUUGUGAUCAGUGCGAGAAAGCGUUCAUUGAUAAAUACAGCCUUGUAAGGCAUGUCCGCACUCACACGGGAGAGAAGCCUUAUAAAUGCAGCUACUGCAGUAAGGCCUUUGCCCAGGGAUGCCAGCUGCAGUUCCACGAGAGGACACACACUGGAGAAAAACCCUACGAGUGUUCACAGUGUGAAAAGAAAUUCGCUCGUCGACAGGAGCUUAACAAACACUUGGCAACUCACGAACAAAGGGAACAGCAGACUGGGACAAAGAGGAAAAACAGUAGAAGUGAUUCUAACUCAGAUUACAAUUCAGAUAAAACAAAAGGUGCCAGGGAACAGGAGAAAUGUGCCAAAAGACCUGCAAGUUUAAGAAGUGCAAAGCGAAGUAGCAACAAAUACUGAUGUGUUAGCGAACUUAAGCAAAGGGAACAGCAGACUGGAACAAAGAGGAUAAAGAACGUAAGUGAUUCUAAAUCAGAUUGCUAUUCAGAUAAAACGAGAAGUGCCUCUGGACAGGAGAAAUGUGAAAGACUGGCAAGUUUAAGAAGUGCAAAGCAGAAGUAGCAAGAAACAAUGAUAAGAUGACAGUUAUGCAGAAGUGUGUCAAGAAUAAACAGAAAGAGCAUAUUCGUUGCAGAAUCUAUGUGCAUGUUCCCAAAAUGUUUCAAUUUGAGAAUUGGAACCUAAUUGAAAACCGUUUGACUAGAAAUACUAUUAAUGCUACAAAGUAGAAAUUACUAUGAGGUACCAGUCCAGAGAAUGUUCCUUUAUUUCUGCCAUAAUAUUCUCAACCGUUCUCAUUUUUUUUUUUAUGUUUUGCUUCUCCAAAAGAGGGGUGGCUAGCCACCCAAUCCACCUCCCCCCCGCUAAAUCCGCCCCUUCUAAAGCCGUUCUGUGUAACAACUUUAAGACGAAAUCCGAUAGGAAAUCGCGCAAUUUCAGUUUUAAGUGGACAAAACCUUGUACCAGAAUAAUUUUAAGUAUGUAACUGUCCUUUUUGCACUUUAUAAAAGCUAAAGAUAUAAAUAGUUGCCUGAAAUAACACCUAAAACAAUUUCCCAUGGGAACU